CGAAUACCACGACCCGCCCCUCGUUCAAAGCAUCAGAUACCCGUCUAUCACACCAUACCACUAUUAUCCACAAUGCCUCCCAAGAAGUCUUCCGCUGCUUCCACCAAGAAGGCCGCUGUCGCCGCCCCCGCUCAUGGCUCCUACGUCGACAUGGUUAAGGAUGCUAUCAUCAACCUUAAGGAGCGCAAUGGUUCAAGCCGUCAAGCUAUCCAGAAGUACAUCAAGGCCAACAACAGCCUUGGUAACACCAGCGAUGUCAUGUUCAAGAGCCACGUCAACCGUGCUAUUGCCAAUGGCGAGAAGAGCGGCGUCUUCUCGCGCCCCAAGGGCGCCUCCGGCACCGUGAAGCUCGCGAAGAAGGAUGCUAAGGACACCAAGCCCGCUGCCGCCGUGAAGAAGGCAGAGCCCAAGACCGAGAAGAAGCCUGCUGCUGCGAAGAAGGCCACUGCCACCAAGGCUAAGGCUCCUGCUACUAAGAAGGCUCCCGCAACGAAGAAGACCACCACAAAGGCUGCCCCCAAGAAGGCCGCCGCGAAGCCCAAGGCCAACGCCAGCAAGCCCCGCAAGACGCCCGCCGCCGCCCCCGCCGUCGACAAGGAAGUCUCGCGAGUGCUCGGCAAGACUAAGAGCGGUCGCGUCACCAAGACCAAGGCUCCUCCCGCCGCCCAACCAAAGAAGACUGCGACCAAGAAGGCAGCACCCAAGAAGACCGCUGGGAAGAAGGCCACGCCCAAGAAGGCAACACCAAAGAAGGCUGAGGCAUGAACGAGUUCAUCCCGAACUCUUCCUUCCUCUCUCCUUUCAUGUUGAUCUCUUCUAACUGAGCUCUACGUGUUUAGGCUACUUCGACGUUGCGUCGCUCGAGUCGCCGCAGCAUGUAGCAAGCCACGUUCGUGAUAUCCCUCUUUUCUCUCCAAGACGUCGCGUGGGUCCGGGCUGGGGGUUGGGUAUGGGAGCAAGCGGGUGUUCAUCUCUGGGGUUGUCUAUGUGCGAUUACUAUCAUGUUGGCUCGGCGUUCGGUGGGCGUUUUGGUAGCGCUUUUUUUCCGCACCCCGUGUUAUUGCUAUCCAUGGAUCUGGUCGCGGUGUCAUCAGGGUAGUGUCUCUGAGUGCACGAUGAAAAGGCAUGAGCAAUGAAUCAAAUCUUUCUAAUGCAAACUUUGUGUCCCGUUGUGU